CGAGUCUCUGGGCGGCCCGGAGUCAUGGAUUAUGGGCGGCCGGGACUCAUCAAGGCUUAUAGAAGAGAUGAAAUGUGGUCAGAGGGACGAUUUGACUAUGAAAUCUCUCCUUUCAAGAGAACCAGUCAGUCUUUCCAUCAGUCUCAGCGUAGGAAGUCCAGGCGUGCUGAUGUCUCCUACAAACGGCAGCAUGAAAGAAAGCCAGAAACAGAUAAGGAGAGGCCCGUACGAUCUUUGAAAACAUCAAGAGAUACUUCACCCUGGUUUUAUUCCGCAGUUUCGUCAUCCGAGGUGUUAGCCAAACCUCGUAGGCUAACUGAAAAAGAACUUGCUGAGGCUGCAAGAAAGUGGGCUGCUGAAAAGCGAGAGAAGUCAGAUGAAAGUAACUUGCCUGAAAUUCACGAGUAUGAAGCGGGAUCCACUGCACCACCGUUCAUUUACCAGCCACAAGAACCUGAGGCCAAUGCAGCAUAUGGCAUAGAGUUCUAUGAAGACGCGCUAACCCGUCGCUCUAAAGCAAUAGCAUUAAAAGCCAAAGAGAUUGAACAGGCUUACCGACAAGACUGUGAAACUUUCUGGAGGGUAGUGAAAAUGCUGAUUGAAAAAGAUCCUUCAUUAGAAAAGUCUAUACAGUUUGCGCUGAGGCAGAAUUUACAUGAAAUAGGUGAGCGACGUUUGAAAGAACUCAACCAUUUCAUUGCAGAGCACGAUACUUCAACUCAAGAGUUUGGAGAGCCUUUUUAGAUUUCUAGCUCAGGCAAAAAGUUUCUAGAUUUUCUUUUCCCUCCCUGAAUUGCAUAAAUCCUUAAAAUAUGGACGUUUUGUGAUGAAGAGAAAUAACUGUAUGAUGGCUGACCAUACUUCCAGUA